UGAUUGGUAACUUGGAAUUUCAAAGCAGCAACUUAAUUAUAUAUAGAAAAACAAGAGAAGACAUUGGUACUCGACCAGCACGAUCAGCAUGGCAGCCCCAUUUCCAGGAAAGUAGUAAAAAAUGAUCAAAGCCAAGAGCCCAAUGUAUUAGAAAUAUUCAUAUCCCAGCCCAGAUGCCAGCAGUUUGCACUCGAAAAAGCUCCUGAAACUCAGCGAUGUUGCCAGACUUUUGCUUGCAGUUGGCCCUGACUCCAAUUUGCGCACUUGGCUGCCUCCUAAAUCUGGGUGUAUAAAGCUGCUUCUACAUGGGAUUUGUUAAGGUUUCUUGGCAUUGGCUCAUCUGUUUCCCCAACAACCAUAUUCCCACGCAUUCAUUCACCUUCCCGCUUGCCAUCCUCGACAGAUUAGCCCCUCUAUCCACUCUUUAGUUCAUAGAGGAUUGAUAGUCCAAAUUUAAGGUGCUGUUUAUGCAACAAGGCUGAGGAUUCCAGGGACCAUAUUAUCUCCAAGAGGAUUUGGAAGGAAAUUUUGUAGCUCUCUCUUUAAAGGGAACCUGGGGGAUUGAACAACUCAGUUUACUUGGGCUGCUAGAGCCUGCCUGCUGUUGCUGGCAAGCUAGAAAACAGGAGACGAUGUGAAAGCUAGGGUCUAACUUUUCAAUGUCGACUUCUUUUUUUUUGUUGUUUACUGAACCUUGUAUUCUCUUGUUAACUCAAGCAUUUUUUUUUUUUUGCUUAAAACGGGGCCCUUUAGAAAUUUGACAACAAAUCGUCACAAGGCCCAGACGGCCCAUUCAGCUUCCAGUCCCUGGUACUUAACCAGACUGAAAUGUCAAAAAGGAGGGAAACUCAACCUAAAACCCUAACAUCACUGAGCAGAGUUACUGUCCAUUUCUCUGCUCUCUUUCUUUUUCUUUUUUAAAGAAAAAGAAAUAAACCUACGCUUUUUAAUCCAUGGAAUAACAUUUUAUCAUAAUUAUUUUGUUCUCCAUCUUCCUUUUUUUUUUUUUUUGGUAUUUUGUAGUUCUAAACAGAGCCCAGCCCUUUCAUAGCGUGCUAUGGCGAGGUUUCUUCGAAAUAUUUCUUCACUGAAACGUUCUCUUGUCGCUCCAGAGGUAUGUAGGAGAGGGGUAUUAGGGUCAUCUUCUCAGCUGUGUAGCUUUUCUUCUAAAGGUAGAAGAAAAUCAAAGUCAGAUGGAAGCGACUCAUGUGAUGAGAAUAUGUCCAAGAAAGAAUUAGCCCUAAAACAAGCCCUGGAUCAGAUUACUAGUUCUUUUGGAAAAGGAUCUAUUAUGUGGCUUGGUCGUUCUGUGUCUCCUAAAGAUGUUCCGGUAGUUUCCACUGGUUCUUUUGCUUUGGACAUAGCACUUGGAACCGGUGGACUUCCAAAGGGACGUGUUGUGGAGAUAUAUGGACCAGAGGCUUCUGGGAAAACAACUCUUGCUCUACAUGUAAUUGCUGAAGCACAGAAGCAAGGAGGUUAUUGUGUUUUUGUCGAUGCUGAGCAUGCUCUUGAUUCAGCUCUAGCUGAGGCAAUUGGGGUAAACACUGAGAAUUUGCUUCUUUCGCAACCCGAUUGUGGUGAACAAGCUCUCAGUCUUGUGGAUACACUAAUACGGAGUGGAUCUGUUGAUGUUGUUGUUGUUGACAGUGUAGCUGCCCUUGUGCCUAAAGGUGAGCUUGAUGGGGAGAUGGGUGAUGCUCAUAUGGCAAUGCAAGCUCGAUUGAUGAGCCAGGCUCUUCGUAAAUUGAGCCAUUCCUUAUCAUUAUCACAAACUAUAUUGAUUUUUGUAAAUCAGGUGAGGUCAAAACUUUCAACUUUUGGUGGAUUUGGUGGGCCAACUGAAGUUACCUGCGGUGGUAACGCACUAAAGUUCUAUGCUUCAGUGCGUCUAAACAUAAGGAGAACAGGGCUUGUCAAGAAAGGAGAAGAGACUAUUGGAAGUCAAGUUCUUGUGAAGAUUGUGAAGAACAAGCUUGCCCCUCCAUUUAAGACAGCUCAGUUUGAGCUAGAGUUUGGCAGGGGAAUAUCUCGGGAAGGAGAGAUCAUAGAUUUGGCGCUAAAACACAAAUUUGUUACAAAGUCUGGUGCAUUCUACAGUUUCAAUGACAAGAAAAUCCAUGGCAAGGAAGCCUUUAAAAAAUUUUUGGCUGAAAAUGAAAGUGCUUGUGAAGAACUUGUGAUGAAACUUAGAGAAAAGCUACUUGAAGCUGAGAGAAAGAAGGAAAGACAGACAGAUAUUUCUGAUGGGGAUACAUCAGAAGAAAUAAUUCCACCUGAUACGACCGAUGAAGAAGCUGCUACAGCUGUUGAAGCUUAAGUGUGCAUUUGACUCGGACUGAAUCCCCCUUUGUUCUCAUUGCAGGUUCAGUCUUUUGUGGGGUUGCCUUCUCACUUUGGAUCAGUCGUUAGCUAGGUGAAUUUUUCAGUGGACACAAUGAUGGAAGGAUUUGAAAGUCCUUUGAAUCAUAGUCAUAUUCCACCCUUUGAGUAUGUUGGUCGUAUUUGUACAUGUGUCGUAUAGUGCGUUGGAAAGUUUUGUGGAAUCAAUUUAGAUGAAGGAAGAAUUCAGGAUCUUCAUUCAAAUUUCCGGGGGUAUCCUACAGUCUUCC